AAACAAAAACAAAAACAAAGAAGAGUGAAGGAAAAACCCGAGCCCCUAGCCCCGAAGCAAUUCGAAGAACAGCUAGUGCCUUUCCUCCUCCGGCAACCGUCCAACUCAACUCCUCAUUAUUCCACUUCCCCAAACAAAAACCUCCCCAAAAUUCUUUUUUCCCCCGAAACACCCGAAAAAUUGAGCGAAGCUGCGCGAGCUGAGCUCUCGAUCGAGCUUCGUAAUCGACGGGGGAGGAGGAGGAAGGGGAAGGGAGGGCGCGCCGGCGGCGAUGGCGUCCGCCAAGUCGUCGAGGUCGCGCCCGGCCGGCCACUCCGGCGUGCUGCCGGCGAACGCGACGGCCGGCGCCGGCGACGGCGGGGUGCCGCUCGCCGACAAGCUGAAGAUCUUCAAGACCGACAACUUCGACCCUGACGCGUACGUGCAGUCCAAGUGCCACGCCAUGAACGAGAAGGAAAUAAGACACCUUUGUGCUUAUUUGCAAGAACUAAAGAAGGCUUCUUCUGAAGAGAUGCGUAGAAGUGUUUAUGCGAAUUAUGCUGCAUUCAUCAGAACAUCAAAGGAGAUAUCAGAUCUUGAAGGGGAGCUGCUAUCUGUCAGAAAUCUGCUGAGUACACAGUCAGCUCUAAUUCAUGGUCUAUCCGAAGGGGUUCAGAUUGACUCCUUAACUUCAGGGCCUGAAGGUUCUGAAGAAGAGUGCAUAUCCACAGAUGAAGACCAGGAACCCUCAGAAAUACAGAACUGGUGUACAGAUUUCCCUGAGAUGCUUGAUGUUUUGCUAGCCGAGCGAAGAGUGGAUGAAGCAUUGGAUGCUUUGGAUGAAGCAGAACGUGUUGUUACUGAUGAAAAACAGAAACAGACACUAACCACAGCUGACAUUCUGGCCUUGAAGAGGACUAUCUCUGAUAAUCGUCUGAAGUUGGCAAAUCAGCUAGCAGAAGCUGCUUGCCAGUCUUCUACUCGUGGUAUUGAACUUCGUGCUGCAGCUUCUGCUCUCAAGAGACUUGGCGAUCGACCCCGUGCUCAUAGUUUGUUGCUCAGCGCACACAACCAGAGGCUUCAAUGUAACAUGCAAACUAUACAUCCAUCUAGCACAUCACACAGUGGGGCAUACACUGCAUCUCUUGCGCAGCAAGUUUUUACUGUUAUAGCCCAGGCUCUCAGUGACUCUGUAGAAUUGUUUGGUGAUGAACCGUCUUAUAUGUCCGAACUGGCUACAUGGGCUACAGAGCAGGCAAUGUCUUUUGCUCUACUUGUAAAGAGGCAUGCUUUAGACUCUUGUGCAGCUGCUGGGGGCUUGCGAGCUGCUGCUGAAUGUAUUCAGAUCGCACUUGGUUAUUCUUCCUUGCUGGAAACUCGCGGUUUGUCACUUUCAUUUAUUCUGAUGAAGCAAUUCGAACCCUCUGUUGAGCAAGCACUGGAGUCCAGUUUGAGAAGAAUUGAAGAGAGUACUGCUGCUUUAGCUGCAGCUGAUGAAUGGGAACUUACCUAUCCUCCAUCUGGUAUAAGGACAUUUUCUAGACCAUCUGCUAGUAGUUUGGUGCUCCAACCUAAGCUCUCAAGCAGCGCCCAUCGCUUCAAUUCAAUGGUCCAGGAUUUCUUUGAGGAUGUUGGCCCACUGCAUAGUUUACAGUUAGGUGGUUCUGCAAUGGAUGGGCUUCUGAAAAUAUUCAAUUCAUAUGUCAAUUUGCUCAUAAGUGCUUUACCAGGCUCACUGGAUGAUGAAGCGAAUCUAGAAGGCUUAGGAAAUAAGAUUGUUAGAAUGGCAGAGACUGAGGAACAGCAAUUAGCAUUGUUCGCCAAUGCAUCCUUACUAGCUGAAGAGUUGCUACCUAGAGCAGCUAUGAAGUUGUCGUCUGUAAACCAGACCAGUAUGAAUGAUAUUCGUAAAAAAGGUGUAGACAGGCAAAACCGUGUAGCAGAGCAGCGAGAGUGGAAAAGGAAGCUGCAACGUGUAGUGGACAAAGUUAAAGAUAGUUUCUGCAGACAGCACGCCCUUGAUCUUAUAUUCACGGAAGAAGGUGACACCCAUCUGAGUGCAGAUAUGUAUAUCAGUAUGGAUAAUAGGGUUGAAGAACUAGAAUGGGUUCCAUCUCUAAUUUUUCAGGAAUUAUAUGCAAAGUUAAACAGGAUGGCGAGCAUUGCUGCAGAUUUGUUUGUUGGUAGGGAAAGGUUUGCUACAUUCCUACUGAUGCGGCUUACAGAGACAGUCAUGCUAUGGCUAUCAGAGGACCAGAACUUUUGGGAAGAGAUUGAAGAGGGACCAAGGGGUCUGGGUCCCCUUGGACUUCGGCAGUUCUAUCUGGAUAUGCAAUUUGUCAUCCUUUUCGGGCAAGGCCGUUUCUUAUCUCGGCAUGUACAUCAAGUGAUACUGAAAAUCAUUGAUAGAGCGAUGGCAGCAUUUUCUGCUACAGGAAUGAACCCUGAUAGCGUCCUUCCAAGCGACGACUGGUUCAUCGACGUUGCUAAUGACACCAUCAGUAGGAUCAGUGGCAAGGCUCGAACUGCCAAUGGAGACAGGGAGGUGAACAGCCCGACAGCCUCCGUUUCAGCGCAGUCUAUAUCAUCGGUCAGAUCCCAUGGCAGCUCCUAGUGUGCAUGGUAGGCUGGUAGACUUUCUAGCUAUGUGACUAUGUCCUGUAGAGAAGUAUGAAAAUUAGUUUCUUUGUUUCCCUUUUGUAAUUUUAUAUCCCUUGUAGUUGUAUCUUCUGGCUCUUUUUUCCCAUUUGUAUCUACUAUGAUGUUGAUGCUAGCAUAGGUUGAUGAUGGGUGAUUUGUUUCAGACCUCCUUUGGAUGAGCCUCAAUCCCAGUCCAUCCAUGUGUAUCCACUGGGAUUCUGAACUAAAAUUCAGGAGUUUUUUUACCGUCCUUAAAAAAUAUCUCGAUGUACCAUAUUUUUUUAUGUAAAAAUUAAGUACCUUAUGAUACAAAUGUAUUAAGGCACCAAAUUUCUGCACUAAAAUUUUUGGUACAUCAAGAUAUUUUUUAAGGAUGGUAAAAAUAAAAGCCCAAACUGGAUGGUAAAAAAAAGCCCGAAAUUCAGAGUCAAAUUCAUGGAUAGACUUGAAUUAUGUUUAUUCCAAAGGAGCCAUAUGGAAAAAUCUUUGAAUUGAAUUGAUUGUACAUAGAUAAAUCUUUGAAUUGAAUUGAUUGUACAUAGAUGUGACUUAGUAAAUUUGGUGAGGACUAUUAGAAGCAUGCUGUCAUUUGUCG